AUGAAAAUUGUUGAUGAGUCGGGAGAGAUUGACAUAAAAUUUUCAUCUAUUUUUGAAGUCAAGGUGGGAAGAGGGAAUGUUAUGUUCUUCUGGUUCGACCAGUGGGCAGGGGACUUCAUUUUUGCUUCUAAAUUCCCUUGGCUGUUUUCUCUUGAACGGCGGAAGAUUUUUUUCAUCGAAGAGAGAAUUUGUCCGGAUAUUGGAGGUUGGGCUUGGAAACGGCAACCAAAUCACAAGGAGGAGCUUGAUGAGCUAAAUAUGUUAAGAAGUAUUUUGUCUAACCACACUCGAUCUGGCGCGGAUGAUACUCUGAGAACAAAGCUUUCAAGUGACGGGAGGCUUUUAGCGAGUAGUGUUAGAAAUCUAAUUGACUCUUACGUCUCAUGUCCCAUGCAAAUGGCACAAUCUGGAAUCACACGGCAUGGGAUCAACAUCAAUGACCUUUCAUACAGCGACUGUGUGGGGGUGUCGAUGAAGCCGAGCAUAUUCUUGUCAAGUGCCCGUUCGCUAUUGAUGUGCUUCGUUGGAUUUGGAAUUGGUGUGCCAUUAUUCCUCCUGCUUUUGACACCGUGGGAGAUUAUCACCUUUGCAACUAAUUGGGGAAGUUGUCCUAAGAAAAAGCAUGUAAUCCUUUCCAUUGUGUAUGGUUGCUUUUGGUGCAUUUGGAGGGCGAUAAAUGAUUUGAUUUUCAACAAUAUCUGA